CGCCAAGAAGAUAGUAUCUACGGUCGGUGGAUCGCCCGGCUCUUCUCCAGUGUCCAUCUCGACCAAUCAAUUCCCUUCGAUCAAUCCGGCUUUCCGGACGGAGAAUAAACAUGAAAUUGUUCCCAGGCACAGCUUCGAUUUUGACCUCGAUACUUGCCGCUGCACCAAUCUUGGCCUGCAUCCAGGAUAAAACAGCAUGCCCUUACCACCGAUUCUUCUGGGCAGCAUCCAUUCCCCACCGACCAGGGCUGCCAAGUCCUGAUACCUCCACCCCGGCGAUAGCAGAAACUGGAUGCUGGAAGGUCGAACGAAGUCCGAUGACAUUGACACCAAACGCUGGCAGCUGGAUGGGCCCGAAGGUGGGCCUCCGCGCGUCUAUCCCGACAAUAUGAAAAUCGGCGGUGCACGAACCAUUCUGCUCUCCUCCCUCCCCUUUCUCCGGUGACAGCGGACGGGAGAUGUUCAUGUUUUGAAUUCGAUCGAAA